AUGCAGGUGUUCCACAUGUUCAGAGACCCUAGUGAUCCAGAAGCCAUUAACCAUGGGUUUCUCUGUAUUUAGCCCUACAAGAUCCCUGGAUGGUGUCUCUGGGUUCUUCCAAGGGGCCUUCUUGCUCAGUCUAUUUCUGGUGCUGUUCAAGGCAGUCCAAUUCUACUUACGAAGGCAAUGGCUGCUCAAGGCCCUCGAGAAGUUCCCAUCCACGCCUUCCCACUGGCUUUGGGGCCACAACCUGAAGGACAGAGAAUUCCAGCAGGUUCUUACGUGGGUAGAGAAAUUCCCAGGUGCCUGCUUACAGUGGCUCUCAGGGAGCACAGCACGAGUCCUGCUCUAUGACCCUGACUAUGUGAAGGUGGUUCUGGGAAGAUCAGAUCCAAAGCCUUAUCAAUCCCUUGCUCCCUGGAUUGGUUAUGGUUUGCUCCUGUUGAAUGGAAAGAAAUGGUUCCAGCAUCGGCGGAUGUUGACUCCAGCCUUCCACUAUGACAUCCUCAAACCCUAUGUCAAAAUCAUGGCGGACUCUGUCAGUAUAAUGCUAGACAAAUGGGAGAAGCUUGAUGACCAGGAUCACCCUCUAGAGAUCUUCCACUAUGUCUCCUUGAUGACACUGGACACUGUUAUGAAGUGUGCUUUCAGCCACCAGGGCAGUGUUCAGUUGGAUGUAAAUUCCAGGUCCUACACCAAGGCUGUUGAGGAUCUAAACAACCUGAUUUUCUUUCGUGUGAGGAGUGCCUUUUAUGGGAACAGCAUCAUCUACAAUAUGUCCUCUGAUGGCCGUUUGUCCCGCCGGGCCUGCCAGAUUGCUCAUGAGCACACAGAUGGAGUGAUCAAAACGAGGAAGGCUCAGCUGCAGAAUGAGGAAGAGCUUCAGAAGGCCAGGAAGAAGAGGCACUUGGAUUUCCUGGACAUCCUGUUGUUUGCCAAAAUGGAGGAUGGGAAGAGCUUGUCAGAUGAGGACCUGCGUGCAGAGGUGGACACAUUCAUGUUUGAGGGUCAUGACACCACAGCCAGUGGAAUCUCCUGGGUUUUCUAUGCUCUGGCCACCCACCCUGAGCACCAAGAGAGAUGCAGAGAGGAGGUGCAGAGCAUUCUGGGUGAUGGAACCUCUGUCACAUGGGACCACCUGGACCAGAUGCCUUACACCACCAUGUGCAUCAAGGAGGCCCUGAGGCUCUACUCACCUGUACCUUCUGUGAGUCGAGAGCUCAGCUCCCCUGUCACCUUCCCAGAUGGACGUUCCAUACCCAAAGGUAUCAGAGUCACAAUUUUAAUUUAUGGUCUUCAUCAUAACCCAAGUUACUGGCCAAACCCAAAGGUGUUUGACCCCUCUAGAUUCUCACCAGAUUCUCCUCGCCAUAGCCAUGCUUAUCUGCCAUUCUCAGGAGGAGCAAGGAACUGCAUUGGGAAACAAUUUGCCAUGAAUGAGCUGAAGGUGGCUGUGGCCCUGACCCUGCUUCGCUUUGAGUUGCUGCCAGAUCCCACCAGGAUCCCGGUCCCCAUGCCAAGACUUGUGUUGAAGUCCAAGAAUGGGAUCCACCUGCGUCUCAAGAAGCUAAGAUAAUUCUGGUGGAGAUAGGACAGCUCCAAAGCUUUUACUCCAGACACCUUCCCAGCUUGUGUGUGUACCCAUUUCCCAUCUGGUUUCACCUCUGACCAGCCACUGAACCUGCCGCCAGCAGCCCGUCCUCCAGCCUGCUUACCCAUCAUCAUCAUUGGACUAACAGAGAAAGAUGUAUUUUAGAGGGAAACUCUUGCACUUUAUCUCCCUUCAGUUCUCAGAGUCUUGGGACAAUCGGCAUCAUGAAUUAAAAUGUUCUUAGAUAUCACAUGCUGGGAGAAAAUUAAUCCUAAAGAUUCUGGCACCAGCCAGAGGAAGGAAGGUGACUCAAAAGAAGAGAUUUCUAGAUAUUUCUGAUUGUCUCAUGGUGAAAUUAAUGUAUGCCUCAUCUUUUCUAUGAAAUAAUAGUACUGAUGCAGAACAGUAGAUAGAAAUGAAUAGUUUUUACUACUUUGGGCCAAACUGUAAAUAAAUCCAUUUCACUUCAUUAA